AUAAGACAAGAUUUCAAACCAUUCCCUUGGAAAAUUUACGAAAAUGUUUAUCACUGGUAUAGAUUCGUGAAUGUUCGAAUAUACAAUACCGCAACUUCAAAACUCUGUUACGUUUCCACGGUGCUAAAACAACAACAAUUUUUACUAAAAUACCGAACUAUUUUUUUUCCCGUAUUGUGUUAUAAAAUACAUUGUGCUAAUCUGUCUGUAAUCAUGGCUUCAAAGUAUUUUAAAGGGCAUGAUGACCACUACAAUGGCGUAACUAUUGAUUCAAACGAAGAAUUCUGCACACCUGAAGAAUUCGCUCAUCGUCUUACAACAUCUUUACAACAGUGGAUCCAAAUUAAGAAGCGUACAAUAUGGUUUCGUGUAUAUUUAGCACAUUCAGAAUGGGUACCAAUACUUGUGAAAGAAGGAUUUAAAUUUCACCAUGCUAGGCAAGAAUAUGUUAUGCUUUAUCGAUGGUUAGUCACAGGUGAAGAAUCCAAUGUUCCACAUUAUGCACAUACAAAUUUAGGUGUUGGAGGAUUGGUUUAUAAUGAAGAGACCAAAGAAGUUUUAGUGAUCAAGGAAAAAUAUUCAAGUAAAACAGCAUUAUGGAAACUGCCAGGUGGCUAUGUGGAACCAGGAGAAAAUUUAGAAGAAGCUGUUAAAAGAGAAAUUUUAGAAGAAACUGGUGUUCAGACCACUUUUAAAUGUAUAAUAGGUUUCAGACAUGUGCAUGAUUAUGCAUUUGGUUGUUCUGACAUAUAUAUAAUUGCUUAUUUAUCUCCUUUAAACUACAAUAUUAAAAAAUGUGAGAAAGAAAUUUCUGAAUGCAAAUGGAUGAAGGUGCAUGAUUAUUUGGAGCAUCCAGAAGUACAUGAAAAUAACAAACUGAUCAUAAAGAAAAUGUUAGAAUUUUUUAAACACAGAAUGGGGGUUACUGUGGAAUAUGCAUUCCAUCCUGUAUUACAAAAACCAAUUUGUGUAUAUAGCAUAUCUAAAAUUAAUAAUGCAUAA